CACAGUUCACCUAGCCAAGCAAGACCAGAAUGGCUGCCGCAAAACUCUCGUCAAAACUAGGCCUACGGCUUUUCGCCACAAACUAUGGAUCAGCCUCUUGCAAAACCAUCAUGGGAUUGAGGAAUUUCAGGAAGAUUGUUCCAGGUGCUCAGACGUAUUUCACAAACUCGAGAAAUCACCAAAAAUCACGGCCUACCACCACGGCACAAUCCACGUAUCCACAGGUGUUUGCCGACAGCAUUGCGCAACCGGAGGAGUUCUGGGCGGAGCAGGCGGAGCGGGUAGUGUGGUUCAAGAAAUGGGAUAAGGUCAUGGAUUUGAGCCAGUCUCCAGCUACAAAUUGGUUUGUAGGUGGUGAGCUUAACAUGUGUUACAAUGCUGUAGAUCGUCACGUUGACGAGGGGUAUGGCGACCAAGAUGCGAUCAUCCACGACAGUCCUGUCACAGGGACAGUGACAAAGAUCACGUAUAAAGAAUUACAAGAAGAGGUUUCCAAGUUUGCCACUGCAUUGGUCAACUCCGGGGUUAAGUAUGGCGACCGAGUCCUCAUCUACAUGCCAAUGAUCCCCCAGGCAGUCAUGGCCAUGCUUGCUUGCGCGAGGAUAGGAGCCAUCCACGUCCUGGUCUUUGGUGGUUUCGCAUCGAAAGAGCUUUCAGUUAGGAUAGACCAUGUCAAGCCCAAGGUUGUAGUGUCUGCAUCGGUUGGUGUUGAGCCAGGGCGUAUCGUUGACUACAAGAAUCUCCUAGACAAUGCCAUUGAUAUGUGUGAAACCAAACCAAAGGCCUGUAUAAUCUACAACAGACCUAACUUUGAAAGUGCUAACCUUAUCCCUGGCAGAGAUUUCUCAUGGACAGAGUUGGUUUCCUCGGUCAAAGGUCAUGACUGCGUUCCCGUCAAGGCGACAGACGCCCUCUAUGUUCUACACACGUCAGGGGCAACAGGUACCCCUAAGGCACCGAUGAGGCCAACAGGGGGCUACGUGGUGACCCUGUAUUGGACCAUGAAACAUCUCUAUGGCAUGGAACCGGGUGAAGUAUGGUGGGCUGCAUCGGAUCUGGGCUGGAUCGUAGGACAUUCCUAUAUAUGCUACGCUCCGCUCCUCCAUAGGAACCCAACUAUUAUCUAUGAGGGUAAACCAGUCGGUACACCCGAUCCUGGAGCUUUCUUCAGGGUCCUGAACCAGCAUGAUGUGGUGUCCAUGUUCACCGCUCCAACGGCUCUUAGAGCUAUCAUCAAGGAAGACCCUGAGGCUGUCCUUGCUAAAAAAUAUUCAAGAGACAAAUUUAGAAUAUUGUAUGUUGCCGGGGAGAUCUUUGACCGGGAAUCGCUCCAUUGGUGCCGAGAUGUUUUCAAUGUCCCGAUAAUUGACCAUUGGUGGCAGACAGAAACUGGAUGGGCCAUGACGCAUACAGCUGUAGGACUUGGAGAGGAUUUGUACCCGAGACAUGGAGUCACUGGUAAACCUGUGCCAGGAUGGGAUGUGAGAGUUUUAGAUGAGAUGGGCCAAGAAGCACCUCGUGGUGAACUAGGAAAUAUUUGCAUCAAAUUGCCACUUCCGCCUGCUGCUUUCACCACACUAUGGGGCAGUCAUGAAAGAUAUAUCAAGACCUACUUUGAAAAAUAUCCAGGUUACUAUGACACGAUGGACGCUGGUGUCCAUUCUGAAGAUGGUUACAUCGCUAUUCAAGCUAGAGUUGAUGAUGUCAUCAGCGUUGCUGGACAUCGUAUCGCUGCAAGUGCUAUUGAAGAGGCAAUGGUUGAACAGGGGGAUAUAGUGGAAUGCUGUACCAUUCCGGUCAACGAUAAACUCAAAGGACAGGUGCCAGUUGGACUCUGUGUCCUCAAGAAAAACGUCGACAAGCCGGAAAAGCAGAUCGUUGAUGAGGUGAUUGCCAUUGUACGCUCUAACGUCGGACCCGUAGCAUUCUUCAAGAGGGCUGUCAUUGUUAGUAAGCUACCAAGGACUAGAUCUGGAAAGAUCACUCGAGGAGUACUCGCUAAGAUGGUCAAUGGCGAACAGUUCAAUAUUCCCCCAACGAUCGAAGAUGCUACUGCAUACGAAGUAGUGAAGACUGCUUUGGUAGCAGAAGGGAUCAUGAAGGAAUAGACCGCACGAAAGUCAAGGAGUGGGACAGUGUCUUGUCAUUGACAACAAGAAAGUCAAUGAGUGGGACAGUGUCUGACCAAACCAAACGCUGCAGCUGGUAAAGGUUUUCAAAUUUUAAACGGAAUAUAUCCUCUUAUGCUUUUUAGUGUCUUGCAGAAUUAUAUUGAUGUACAUACAUUAUAUGCACAAGUGUUAGUCAGUUUAGAGUCAUUAAAUAUUUUUAAACAAAUUCAUGAAAAAUUUGAUAUAAAAAAUUUGGUUUAUAGAUUAUGCAAUUUCACGACUCUAUACUGAUUGCUAAAAUUUGAUAAUUCUAUUUUUAUUUUAUUUUUUUAUCGCUAAGCAAUUUUCUAAAAAAAAUUGUUUUAAUAGCUUUGAUUCUAGGAGGAAUUUUGCGUAAUAUCAAUGAUUUCUUUUUCUUUCUUUGUUUUAAUUAUGUGCUGUAAGAUGUUUGUAUUGCCAAGUCAGGGCUAGAUUGCAUGAAAGUUA